CGGGCAGCCCGAGGGGCCUCGGCGGAGGGGCCGCCCCAGCCCCCGCGCGGCUCCCGGAGUGCGCUGCUCAAGGGCGGACAGCACUUAGGCAAAACACUCGCGGCUUUUAGCAUGGAAAGUGGUUCAAAAUAAACAAAGCAAAGCGCCAAGCUAGGAAACAUUUUGAUCCGGCACACGAGCUUUGCAGUGGCUGGCAGCUGUGCGCGCACGGCAGAAAGGCAGAACCGGCUCCUCUGGUCCCGCGGGACCGGCGGCUCUGCCGCGCACACGGGGCACAUCCGCUCUCCGCGCUCGGAGAAGUUUCCACGCUGCUAUUUAACUAAAGGUUCACUGUAUCAAUGGAAGUGGUACCAGCCUGGGCCCCAGCAGUAGGUUUCACACUCCUGCCACAUGCAGGAGGAUUUUUAGGAAGCAGUAUAACCAAAAGGGAAAUCCCAACAUGGUAUCAAACUCUACAGAAGCCAUCCUGGUGUCCACCUAACUGGGUGUUUGCUCCUGUUUGGGGAACUCUCUAUACAUCUAUGGGAUACGGCUCCUACCUGGUGUGGAAGGAACUGGGGGGCUUCAAUGAAAAGUCAGUGAUUCCUCUGGGUCUGUACGCAGGGAACCUGGCAUUAAACUGGGCAUGGACUCCAAUAUUUUUUGGAGCUCACAAAAUGGGAUGGGGGUUGGUGACUCUCCUGCUUACAACUGGUACAGCAACAGCUACCACUGCUUCCUGGUACAACAUCAACAAAACAGCAGCUUAUUUGAUGGUUCCUUACUUAGCUUGGCUAAGCUUGGCUUCUGCGCUCAAUUAUCGGAUCUGGAAGGACAAUCGCAACAAGAAAAAGCCUGAAUAAGAAGUUUUCAGCCAAAACAUUUUUCUUCCACAAUAAUUUUUUAUAUAAAGUUAUGGCCUUGUUUAUUUUUAGAUGAACUACUUCUGCCCUAACUUUGGUAUUUACAAGUUGACAAAAUAAAUGCAACUUUACUAGGCAAGCCACAAAGGGAUGUAUGCCUGACUGAGUUUUAUAGCAAACUAAAAUAAAGUGUCUUGAUUGAAAAGUG